UGAGUUGCACCGCCACCGAUAACUUCUUCCGCUCAUACGAGUGGGAAUUUUUGAGAGCAACUUCAUAUUCGUUAAUCGGUCACCUAAGAAAGAAAGGGAAGUUUAAGUAAAGAAUUUAUGAGAGCAUCGAUUCGAAUAAUCUUUAUCAUCUCCUUCACGUUUAGUUUCAACUUUCAAGAUUCAAACCCCAAGUCCCCAAUUACAUGCUUCUAACACUGUCACUAUUCCCAGGUUUCUAUAUCGUUCUCGAACUUUCACUUCUUGGAAGCCAUAGAUUUUAGUGAUUUAGUUCAUCGGAGCAGCAUGUUAGGGUUUCUGAAAAACCAAUAUCGGAAGAAAUUUCAAACCCUAGAUUCCAUAAUUCCAUAGAGUUGGUGGCUGGUUGCUACUUCCGUUAAUGGCGAUCAUCGGCGACGCGCUACGCCAAGCGUUCAUGCCGAAGCGCGAGUACGAGAGUCUCAGGGAAGAAGAAAAAGCAUGGGGCAAGCUUCAGAGACCUCUGACCAUGGCUUUUGUUGCUGUAAUCUGGCUCGCAAUCAUCGUGUGCACGGUUAUCAGUUUGAAAAUCGUGUUUCCAGGUAGAGAUGGGAAAAGGCCGUUCUGCGUCGAUAGGAGGCUUCAAUCCAUGCAGAUAGGGUUGAGGGGUAGCUCCGAUUCGGAUCUGUAUCCUGGCGCUUUCUAUCUUACGGACCAGGAAAUUGCUGAUUAUUACUGGAUGGUUGUGUUCAUUCCCUCGUUGAUCGUUUUCGUGGUAUCUGUUGUGUAUCUCAUUGCUGGCAUCACUGUAGCUUAUUCUGCUCCCACAAGGCACGGAUGCUUGAAGGUGGUUGAAAAUAAUUAUUGUGCAUCAAGACGGGGUGGCGUUCGCUGUCUAUCCAUCCUGAAUCUUAUCUUUGCUAUCAUAUUUGGUCUUCUUGCCUUGUUUCUUGGUUCAAGCCUCUUGACAUUAGGGAGCAACUGCUCUACACCUCUGUUUUGGUGCUAUGAAGUUGCAUCGUGGGGACUGGUUGUUCUAUAUCUUUGCACUGCCUUCUUCCUGAGGAGAAAGGCAGCCAUGAUUCUUGAUGAGGGAAACUUUAGUGGUCGAAAUCUAGGGCUGGAAAUGCUGGAAGCGAAUCCCCUGGAAGUCACACCAGAUGUGGAAAGGCGUGUGAACGAAGGGUUUAAAGCAUGGAUGGGUUCAUCCCUUCUUUCCUCUGACGACGAAGAUGAACCUGACAGUUAUGAGGAGGCACCUCAUUUAACACGUACUAACUCAAACAGGCAAAGGCUCUGAACUCGAUAAAUUCAGAUUGACAUCAUCCUUUCCAGCCUUUCAUGCCUUUAAGAAUGCAGUGAUGGUAUGGAAUUCAAUUUUGGACAAAAAAAUGUUUUGACACGUAUGGUAUGACAAGAACAAAUGUUGAUUAAAGGGACGUGGAUUUUAUGCUGCUUUGAACCUCGAUUUCAUCUACUCCAUUAGGGAACCUGGGUAGUCUAGUUUGUGGAUAAUAAUUAAAUUGUGAAUGACCAAGCUUUGACUUUCCUAAGGUGGAUAGUAAAGCAUUUGCUAAUCAUCUCUAUAUAGGCCUGCUUUUGACAUGGUUUGUGUGCUUCAUUUCGAGCUACUUAAUAGAAACAGUGAUUUUGACUUGCCCCCUUGUCAACGCACGUGAAUUUGAGCCGUUAGCAAAGGUCAACAUAGACAGAUGUUGGAACUUGAAUGGGAUGCGAAAAUCAAGUUUGGAAGCUAGCUGCUGAGCUGUUAUCGGGAGAUAUUUUGCAUGGCAAGUAAUCAAGCGUUGCAUUGAAAAAAGCUUCUAUCUUUUAAUGAAAUUUUUAGUCUGAAAAACUAUAGCAAAUGAUGGCUCUUGCAGUUUAAAUUUCCAAUAGUAGAUAGCAGAGUAAAACAAAGGAGGGCCUGAUAAUAAAAAUUCGAGGGCAUAAGUUAUUAUGUUUAGUUUUUAAAGAAUGAAUA